CAUUUCGUCAAUAACCGUACACGGGACAAGUUUGGACUGGUUCAGCGCUGGUCAAUUUCGUGUUGAUUAACUCGACCAGGAAAACUAUAUUAAACGAAAAUGGCCGCCACCGGUAAGGACCUCGAGAAACCCGUCGCCGAAACCGCGACCGUGCAUCGCAUCCGCAUCACCCUGACUUCCAAGAAUGUUCGCAGUUUGGAGAAGGUGUGCGCCGAUUUGAUCGCUGGAGCCAAGAAGCAGAAGCUGCGUGUCAAGGGUCCAGUGCGUAUGCCGACCAAGAUCCUUCGCAUCACCACCCGCAAGACUCCUUGCGGUGAAGGUUCGAAAACUUGGGAUCGUUUCCAGAUGCGCAUCCACAAGCGUAUCAUCGAUCUGCACUCGCCGUCGGAGAUCGUCAAACAGAUCACCUCGAUCAACAUCGAACCCGGUGUAGAGGCUGAGCUGACCAUCGCCGAUCCGUAAACCAAUCGCGAGACGGGUACCGGCGUCGCAGGCGGAUAACACUGCAAGUGAGUUGAAGAGACGAAUGUUAGGCUAUACAGCUCAAAGUCUCUAUAAUACAAAAAAAAACUGCAAGUGAGUUCGCCUGCCGUCGGUAUCUCGGUGGUUCACCCGCUGCG